CGCCACACAGUACAUCACUCGCCACAUCUCGAGCAGAACGGAGACAGAGCCGGAGAACUGGGAGCCGAGUCCGGAGAAAAGAGCAUCCAAAUAUAACAGUAUCUGCAGCCGAAGGUGGUGUGCUUGAGAAAUCGAAGCUUCUAAACGUAUUCCAAAAAAUCACCGGAAAUUGCAACAAAGGUUCUAGAACCCAAGUGAAAGUGACAAGUGAAAGUCAAAGUUACGAAACCAAAACCAAAAACCAUGCAGAAAAUGAAUUUACAUGUGUGCGCCUUAGCGCUGCUGCUCUUCGGCAGUAUCGCCACUGUCCACGGCAGGGCCGUGGAUCUCGUAGACGACAGCAACGAUGUGGACAACUCCAUUGAGACGGAACCGGAGCCGGAGCAGAAGUCGCACGCCCGGCCGUUCGACGCCGACUGGCUGAAGUUCACCAAGACGCCGCCGGCGAAGCUGCAACAGGCGGCUGGUGCCACCAUCGAGAUUGUCUGCGAGAUGAUGGGAUCCCAGGUGCCCAGUAUCCAGUGGGUGGUGGGUCAUCUCCCCAUAUCGGAGAUCGACGAUCUAGACUCGAACCAAGUGUCCGAGGAUGCCCCCAGUGCCAUUGUUAGGGUGCGAUCGGUCCACAUCAUCGAUCACAUGCUUAGCGAGCCCCGCACCUACACCUGCGUGGGACGCACUGGCUCCAAGACCAUCUACGCCAGCACCGUCGUCCACCCGGCCCGCUCCUCCGAGAUCCUUGUCAGGGAGAAGCAGUAUCCCGGCAACCAAAAACCUCGCAUCGUCUACACCGAGAAGACGCAUCUGGACCUGAUGGGCUCCAGUGUGCUGCUGCCGUGCAAGGUGCACGCCCGUCCCAGGGCUGAGAUCACUUGGUUCAACAACGAGAACCAGAAGGUCGUCCAGGGUCAUCGCUACAAGGUCCUGUCCACCGGACAUCUGCUUAUCUCCGACAUCAAGUGGGAGGACAUGGGCAACUAUAAGUGCCUGGCCCGCAACGUAGAAGGACACGAUUCCGCCGACACCUUCGUGUAUCCCGUACUUAAGGAGGAAGACUAAAGAUCCCAAAACCCAAACCACAUAAGGCUAUUGAAUUGACGACGGGAAUAUUCAUCUAGUUAGUUAGAUAGAUCAAAUGCCUUCGAAGAUGCGUGAAAAAUAAAAAGGAAAAUAAUGCUUAGAAAAAAAAAAAUCACAAAAAAAAAAAAAAUAAUAAGAUGGAUCUAUGUACAAUUUAGGAUAAGAUCAAGGUAGAUUGUAGUCCAGGUAAUUAACCGUAUCUAAUGCCGGCUUAGACUAAAGAUUUUCUAUCUCAAUACCCUCGAAUGGCACUCGAAUUGUAUCCAACUUAUAUACGGUAUAUAUUAUGGUAUAUGUUUUUCUUCAAUUUUAGUUAUUAAGUUAUCGCUUGUAAUUUUGUUCGUUUCUGUAAGUAGCAAUGAUUGUUCCUAGCGAUUCAGGCGAGCUCUAGUUAACGUAUUUAAACUAAUUGGCCGUUUACUUAAUCGAGGGGGUUCUGGCAGGCCCCCUUACCAUAUAAACACACCCCAUACACUCCAAUCGAUCCGCUAAUCAGCCAGUUUAAGUCAAGCCAGUCAGCCAGUCAGUCAGUCAGUCAAUCACCCAAUUCGUAUUUAUAUACACCAUUCAAUCAUUUUAAUAAUUAAUUUAUUGAUCGACCUUAAAUUCAUCCCGCAUUGCAGCCCAUAUAGAAUCACGGAAAAGUAUUCAAAUGCACGGAAUUAAUCAGUUUCAUAAGCUACCCCCUCCCCCACAUAUGACUAUAUAUUUUAAUUUGUAAGCUAAUUGAACUGAACUAUAUAUGGUUUUAUAAUUUGUUUAGUUUGUAAUCAACUUUCAUGAGAUGUUUUUGAAUAAAUACAAGAAAAGAAAUACAA